CCCGGUCUUCGUUAACCCCAUUCCCAUCAAUUAUACUCACAUAAACCCUAAAAUCAAGAAUCAACAAAAUUUUCUCGUCAAAUUCCGUGUAUCAGAAUUUUUUUUCUCGUCGCUCGUCAAGACUUUGAAAUGUCCGAUGACGAGAAACCGAAGAAAUCCAAAUCAAAGAACCGGAGAGAUCCCUUAGAGUAUAGCGCUCUCCAGCAAAAAUCUCCAGCUGAGUUCUUUGCAGACAACAAGAACAUUGCUGGAUUUGAUAAUCCUGGAAAAUCCCUUUACACUACUGUGAGAGAGCUUGUUGAAAAUUCACUUGAUUCGGCGGAGUCAAUAUCUGAGCUUCCUGUCAUAGAAGUUACAAUCGAGGAAAUAGGAAAAGCCCAGUAUUAUGCCAUGAUUGGUCUUUCUAAUCAUGAGCGUGUUGAUGAAGCACUAUAUGAAGAUUAUGAGACAGCCAAGUCCCGUGAGAAACGAUUACGUAAAGAGUUUCUUAAAAAAGAACGAGAUGCUAUGAAUGCUGCUUUUGGGAAGAAAGUUCAAGAAACUGCAUCUACCAAGGCCAUGAAGGGACGUGGUGAGACUUCAAUUUUCAGGGUUACAUGCAAGGAUAAUGGAAGAGGAAUGCCGCAUGAUGAUAUCCCAAAUAUGUUUGGUCGAGUUUUGUCUGGGACAAAGUAUGGCUUGAAGCAGACACGAGGGAAGUUUGGUCUUGGUGCAAAGAUGGCAUUAAUUUGGUCCAAGAUGAGUACAGGUCUGCCAAUAGUGAUCUCAUCAUCAAUGAAGGGCCAAGAUUUUGUUUCAUAUUGCAAGCUGGACAUAGAUAUACGUAGGAAUAUUCCUAAUAUUCAUAAGCAUGAAAAACGGGACAACAAGUAUAGGUGGCAUGGAGCUGAAGUUCAACUGAUUAUUGAGGGAAAUUGGACAACUUACCGAUCUAAGAUAUUGCAUUACAUGCGACAAAUGGCUGUUAUCACCCCGUAUGCUGAAUUUCUAUUCAAAUAUGUGCCAGAUCAAGAUGUUUCUGACAAACAAAACAUCACCAUUAGAUUUUCACGGAGAACAGAUGCGAUGCCUCCAGUCCCUGUAGAGACCAAGCACCAUCCAUCUUCAGUUGAUUUACUUCUGAUCAAACGCCUCAUUGCAGAAACUUCGAAACAGAAUCUCCUGCAGUUUCUUCAGCAUGAAUUUGUAAAUAUAGGGAAAUCCCUUGCUGAAAGAUUAAUUGGUGAAAUGGGUCCAGGGUUUAGCCCAAAAAUGGCUGUUAAGUCCCUAACUUCUGAGCAAAUAGUACGCAUCAAUCAGUUGUUUCGUCAAGCUAAAUUUGAUGACCCUAGUGGUGAUUGUCUUAGUCCUGCGGGGGAAUACAAUCUCCGUCUAGGAAUUAUAAAGGAGCUGAAUCCAGACUUGGUUGCUACUUAUUCAGGCAGUGCUCAAGUUUUUGAGGGACAUCCGUUCAUUGUGGAAGCUGGUGUUAGUCUUGGUGGAAAAGAUGUUAAGCAGGGUUUGAAUAUUUUUCGUUUCGCAAACAGGAUUCCUCUUCUGUUUGAACAAGGUGGCGAUGUUGUCACUAGAACUGCUCUUAAGAGAAUAAAUUGGACCAAUUACAAGAUCAACCAAACACAAGACAAAAUUGGUGUCUUUGUGAGUAUUGUUAGUACAAAAAUCCCCUUCAAGGGGACUGGGAAGGAGUAUAUUGGGGACGAUAUCAGUGAGAUAGCUGCUGCUGUCAAGACUGCCAUUCAGCAGUGCUGCAACCAGCUAAAAUCGAAAAUAGUGAGGAAAAUUCAGGCUCGGGAGCAGCAGGAGAGAAAACGUAACUUGAGCAAGUAUAUACCUGAUGCUGCAGGUGCUAUAUACAAUGUUUUGAAAGAAAUGUCACAAUUCCAAGCAUCAAAGAAACAGCGUUAUGAGGAACAAGACACAGAUCUACUUAAAAAGGUAUACUCUCGAACAGUUACGAAAGAGACUCUCACACAAAUGCUUGCUCAACAUGUUGAAAAGGUGGAUUAUGAGAUGGCAAUGGAGUAUGCUACGCAGAGUGGAGUAACUGAGGAGCCAAGGGAAACUAUAUACUUACCAGCACUAGAAACAGACGGCAACUAUACUGACCUCCACAGUUCUAACUUUGUAUUCCGACUCAUUCAGUAAGAUUUUUUCAGAUAUAUUGGUGCAUUAGAUAUGAAAUAAUUGUUGUUGUAGAUUUCAUCAUAAAGAAUCAUUUUUCAUUGUACAUCCUAUAAAGAAAAUGAGAAAAUUUUGCACUUGUUGUAACUUUCAGUUGCAGCGUUACAUGAUUGUGAGGAUAAUUAUGUGAUUUUUCUGAA